UGAAGUAUUGCCUUCUUCUUGAAAUUUUCAAUCAUGUCUUCAAUAACAACACGUGAGAAAGAAAUAAUAACGAAUUUAGCAAAAACUCUGGAGUAUGAACUGUUUUGCAAUGAUGGCAAGGUACAAAAAACCAGUCUAGAACAUUUAGAAGCAUUGACUGACGAUGAAAGGAGUAUUUUUACUGAAAUAAAAUUUGUAUUGGAAAAUUUAUUGUACGGUGAUUAUGGAAAGAUUUUUAACAGUCCAUCGUGUAGACAUCUUAUUUCAUUGGAACAUAAAAGCAAACCAGAUUUUACCAAUGGUCUUUUGAAGGAACAUAUAUCAGAGUAUCUUUGCUCAUCAACCUCAAACAUUGACAGUUAUUUAAGAGAACUCCAUAUUUUGUCACUGGGUAUUGUGUGUCUACAGUUGGUUGUUCAGCAAAAUUGGCUUGGACCAUCAUGUAAUAUUGGUGAAAUUCUAUCAGAUUACCAACAAGAUAAAGACAUGAUGAAAAAUCAUAAAAGAAAAGUCUUUGAUUUUUUGAAAAGAGAUAGCGAGGAGGUGUAUGUUCUUUCUGAACAUCUGGAAUUUUUAUGUAUUGCAAAAAUUAUUUUGGUGGACUUAAGACACAUCUUGAAGGACUUGAAAACUCAGCCUCUCUGGGAGGUGCGUUGUUUGUUCAUACAUCAACAGUUUUUGGAAGAUCGUUUAUCUUCGUUGAAAGAGGAUGUGAUGUUAGCUCUUGAAAGAAUUGACUUGGAUGACUGCACCUUUUCAAGUAAAAUGCGGUCGAGGAUUUACUUGGAAAGCGGCUAUCAUCACUUACAGUAUUUUGAAUGCGGGAAAGCAAAGGAACAAUUUGAAAAGGCCCAAAAAUGUGUUGGUGUUGAAGUCUUGUUAGCAGGAGCGUUGGGCAAAAGAACAAAAUUCCAACAAUUUGAUUACGUUCAACUACUGGCAAAGGCAAAUUUGGAGAACGGCUGUGGAAAAGAAGAUGAGACUUUUGAAGUUGAAAAUCUUCCCAAGAAUGUGAGUUUAGAGGAUGAUACACUCCUCAACGAACCAAAUUUCACUAAUCCUAAUAAUCAUCGUCAGGAAGAUUUGAACCCAUUACACUUGGCCUUAAUCUUAGCUGUUUGCUUUUACAAACAGAAAUCUCAAGCCUACACCGAGCUUUUAGUAGAAGAAAUUCUUGCUAAUGUUGCGUUGCUGCUGUCCCAACCGCGAGCUUGGUGCAUUCAAUCUUUAGGUUUACUGCUCAGAAGUCAAUACGAAAGGAAAUCGUCUCGUAGGAAGGAAAGAAGUAUGGUUCAACUUCAGGAACUUGUCGAUCAGUACGAGAAUUCUAAUGCAAAGAUUUCUCAAAGAAUUGAAUUUUUUUACGGUGUGCCAUUUCCAACAAGAUGGAAAAUGCAGCGUGAAUUGGCGAGUCUUUAUGUUGAACUUGGUGUUAUGAAAAGUGCACUGGAGAUUUACGAAAGGCUUCAGUUAUGGGAUGAAGUUAUCAACUGCUACAUUUCUUUAGGAUGGUUUGAAAAGGCAGAAUUUGUAGUAAGAGCACAGCUAAAAAUACACGAGACAGCAAAACUUUGGUGCUUAUUGGGUGAUGUCACCAAGAAUGAGGAUUAUUAUAGGAAAGCUUGGGAUUUCUCAGAUCAUCGUAGUGCAAGAGCGCAAAGAUCCCUGGGAUAUUUAUUUUUGAGAGAAAGAAAGUUUGAGGAGUGCAUUCCCUGUUUUCAGAAGUCGUUAGAAAUCAAUUCUCUUCAGGAGAGUGUUUGGUUUUCUCUUGGCUGUGCUGCCAUAGCAACGGAAAAGUUGGACGUUGCUGCCAAGGCUUUUCAUUGGUGCGUCUCAAUGAACCCGGAUAAUUCCGAAGCUUGGAACAAUUUAUCUUCAGUUUUCGUCAAAUUGAAGCACAAAGAUCGUGCGUUCAGGACUUUACAGGAAGCCCUGAGAACGAAUUAUGACAAAUGGCAAAUAUGGGAAAAUUUCCUCGUGGUGAGCGCUGAUAUGGGCGCUUUUGAGAACGUUAUUGAAGCUUUGCAUCGAUUGAUGGACCUCAAGGAGAAAUAUUUGGAUAUUGAGAUUCUUCACAUACUGGUUAAUUCUGUUAUUGAUGGCAAGCAGGACCAUAAAGGUUUCUCUGCAUCAAGAUUGAAAGGCAAAGUAAGGGAGUUAUUUGGAAGAAUUACAUCGCAGUGCACAGGAAAUGCACAAGUUUGGAAACUUUAUUCGGAUCUUUACAAAAACGGGCAGACUGCCGAGGAAAAACAAAAGUUUCUACAGUUCUUGGUGAAAGCAAACGGAGUGAAUAUACAGUCUCCCGGAUGGGAAAAAAGUCAAGAAAGUAUUGAAAACGUUGUACAAACUAGUCUUGAACUAUCGAGAGCGUAUCGCGAAGCUGUCAAAGGGGAAAAAGAAAAUAGAAAAGCCAUCCAGCUGUUGUCAUCUUCCAAACUUAACCUUAAAGGUCUUGUUGUUAAAUUUAAAAACGCUGGUUUUCAAUUAUCUGGAGAGGUUGAAAAUUGUAUAAAUGAAUCAAUAUCCAAGCUUCAGAAAGAACUUGAAACGACUGUCAGCGCAAUAGAAGAUUUGAAAAAGUUGCCAAUUCAGCAAAUACUAUAAUUAUUUGUUCAAGCUAACAACAUCCAAAAGUUGCAGCUAAAUGCCACAAGAAGUUUUUGAUCUGUGAAAAGAAAAAAGGAAUUGUCCAUAAGCAUGUCCAGAGGAUCCCUGCACAUUAUUGAUAUCCUGUCUAUGUUUUCAAUAUUUCAGAUUUUUUUAACACCUUACCAUCAUAGUAAACCUGUACCUUUUGCCACGAAA